AUGAGUAUGACAAAAGAGGGGUGCGCAUUGGGCUGGACAAAUCACAAGCGUUUCUGUUAUCAAUUUAACGUCCAUCCUGUCCAGUUUGUAACCGCUAGGGAGAUAUGUGGCUCGAAGGAUGCACAAUUGGUCAGCAUAUGGAACUAUGCUGAGGAGGACUUCAUUCUUAAUAAACUUUGGCAAGGAACAGACAGAACUCAUUUGUCGUGGGUUGGUUUCACUUUCGAUCCAGAGGACAGGAAACAGCGUUAUGACUGGGUCGAUGGAUCAUUAUCCGACUAUUUUGAUAAAGAUAUGCCCGAGACUACCAUACCGUUAUGUGGGACUAUCGCGGGAAAUGGCGAACGAAAAGUUUGGGAUUGUGAAGAACGCAUGUCCGCAUUCAUAUGCAAAAAAUCUCUUCAAAUGGCAUACGUUGUCAGUGAAGUUUUCAACUCCAGCUACGUCAACAUGUACAGAUCUGAGGAUCCCGAAAGAAUGCUGUUUGAGCGCGUUUGGCCACCAAAGCUCGAGGAGGUUCCGAAACACUUGACACGCAUAGCUACUACCCAAGUGUCACAGGAAACCGAUUGUGCUAACCGAUGUUUCCACGUAGAUGAUUGCCGUGGAUUUAUGUUGACAUGUGUAUUUGCCUGGAAAUGUAAUCAGUUUACUUGCGAAUUGUAUCAGCCAGCAAAUAACUAA